UGUCAGUUGUCAUAUUGUAUUUACGUUGUGUGAACGUUUUCGAAGCAUUUUUAUAUUUAAUUUAAGUUUAGAUAUAUGAAACGACAUCGUAAAUGUAAAGAACAGUAAUUAAAAGUUACAAUGUCUUUACCUCCCUAUUUGUUGGGGCCCAAUCCUUGGGCCACGAUGAUGGCCCAACAACAUCUAGCAGCGGCUCAUGCUCAGGCCCAGGCAGCCGCUGCUCAAGCUCAUGCCCAUGCUUUACAACAACAAAUGCCACCACCUCAUCCUAAGCCGGAUAUUAUAACUGAAGAUAAAUUGCAAGAAAAAGCUCUAAAAUGGCAUCAAUUACAAUCUAAAAGAUUCGCUGAUAAGAGAAAGUUGGGAUUCGUGGAAGCUCAAAAGGAGGACAUGCCUCCAGAACAUAUUAGAAAAAUUAUAAGAGACCAUGGUGAUAUGAGUAGCCGUAAAUAUAGACAUGAUAAAAGGGUUUAUUUAGGAGCUCUCAAAUAUAUGCCUCAUGCUGUGAUGAAACUUCUUGAAAACAUGCCUAUGCCGUGGGAGCAGAUAAGAGAUGUUAAAGUAUUGUACCAUAUUACAGGUGCUAUUACUUUUGUGAAUGAAAUUCCUUGGGUUUGUGAACCUAUUUACAUUGCUCAAUGGGGCACCAUGUGGAUAAUGAUGAGAAGAGAAAAGAGAGACAGAAGACACUUUAAGAGAAUGCGUUUUCCACCAUUUGAUGAUGAGGAACCUCCUUUAGAUUACGCAGAUAACGUUUUAGAUGUAGAACCUUUAGAAGCUAUCCAGAUUGAGCUGGACGCUGAUGAAGAUUCUGCUAUAGCAAAAUGGUUUUAUGACCACAAGCCGCUAGUUGGAACCAAAUAUGUAAAUGGGCUAACAUAUAGAAAAUGGAAUCUUUCUUUACCCAUCAUGGCUACCCUAUACCGUUUGGCUAAUCAGCUAUUGACAGAUCUGGUAGAUGAUAACUAUUUUUAUCUUUUUGACACAAAAAGUUUCUUUACUGCCAAAGCUCUUAAUAUGGCAAUUCCAGGAGGACCCAAAUUUGAACCACUCAUAAAAGAUAUGAAUCCUGCGGAUGAAGAUUGGAACGAAUUUAAUGAUAUCAAUAAAAUUAUAAUAAGACAACCAAUUAGAACAGAAUAUAGAAUUGCAUUUCCAUAUUUGUACAAUAAUAUGCCACAUUUUGUUCACUUGUCAUGGUACCACGCACCAAAUGUUGUAUACAUCAAGACAGAAGAUCCGGAUUUACCGGCCUUUUACUUCGAUCCAUUGAUUAAUCCCAUAUCUCACAGGCAUGCCGUCAAAAGUCUGGAACCUCUACCAGAUGACGACGAAGAAUAUAUUUUGCCAGAGUUUGUACAACCAUUCUUGCAGGAAACACCGUUGUAUACAGAUAACACAGCUAAUGGAAUUUCUUUAUUGUGGGCACCCAGACCGUUUAAUAUGAGAUCAGGUCGCUGUAGAAGAGCAAUUGACGUCCCUCUAGUAAAACCCUGGUAUAUGGAACAUUGUCCACCAGGCCAACCUGUAAAAGUUAGAGUCAGUUACCAAAAAUUACUAAAGUAUUACGUAUUGAACGCUCUCAAACACAGGCCUCCUAAGGCGCAGAAGAAGAGAUACUUGUUCAGAUCGUUCAAGUCUACCAAAUUCUUCCAAACAACUACUUUGGACUGGGUCGAAGCCGGACUACAAGUUUGCAGGCAAGGUUAUAACAUGUUGAAUCUAUUGAUUCAUCGAAAGAACUUGAAUUACCUGCAUUUGGACUACAACUUUAACUUGAAACCAGUUAAGACCUUGACAACGAAGGAAAGAAAGAAGUCUCGUUUUGGAAAUGCUUUCCAUUUGUGCAGAGAGAUAUUAAGAUUAACAAAACUGAUUAUUGACUCCCACGUUCAAUAUCGUUUGAACAAUGUUGAUGCUUUUCAAUUGGCAGAUGGUUUGCAGUAUAUAUUUGCCCACGUUGGACAAUUGACUGGAAUGUACAGAUACAAAUACAAACUUAUGAGACAAAUUAGGAUGUGCAAGGACUUGAAGCAUCUCAUCUAUUACAGAUUUAACACUGGACCGGUGGGCAAAGGACCGGGUUGCGGUUUUUGGGCGCCUGGAUGGAGAGUCUGGUUGUUCUUUAUGAGGGGCAUUACACCUCUUUUGGAAAGGUGGUUGGGAAACCUUCUGUCACGUCAAUUCGAAGGAAGACACUCGAAAGGAGUUGCAAAAACUGUCACAAAACAAAGGGUUGAGUCUCACUUUGAUCUUGAACUUAGAGCUUCGGUUAUGCACGAUAUUGUCGACAUGAUGCCUGAAGGUAUAAAGCAGAACAAGGCAAGAACUAUACUUCAACAUUUAUCAGAAGCCUGGAGAUGUUGGAAAGCUAAUAUUCCUUGGAAAGUACCAGGUCUGCCGAUACCUAUCGAAAACAUGAUUCUUCGAUACGUAAAGAUGAAGGCUGAUUGGUGGACAAAUACGGCCCAUUACAAUCGCGAGAGGAUCCGUAGAGGAGCAACUGUCGAUAAAACAGUUUGCAAGAAAAAUCUUGGACGGCUUACUAGAUUAUAUCUAAAAGCCGAACAAGAAAGACAGCAUAACUAUUUGAAGGACGGUCCGUACAUUUCACCAGAAGAAGCUGUUGCCAUUUACACCACCACUGUCCAUUGGUUGGAAUCGAGAAGGUUUGCACCGAUACCUUUCCCACCUCUGUCAUACAAACACGACACCAAGCUGCUUAUUUUGGCAUUAGAAAGAUUAAAAGAAGCUUACAGUGUAAAAUCGCGUCUGAAUCAGAGUCAAAGAGAAGAAUUGGGUCUAAUUGAGCAGGCUUAUGAUAAUCCUCACGAAGCUCUAUCGAGGAUAAAACGUCAUCUUUUAACACAAAGAGCUUUCAAAGAGGUAGGGAUAGAGUUCAUGGAUUUGUACAGUCAUUUGAUACCUGUGUAUGAUGUAGAACCGCUAGAAAAAAUAACUGAUGCGUACUUAGAUCAAUAUCUUUGGUAUGAAGCUGACAAACGACGACUAUUUCCUCCGUGGAUCAAACCAGCUGAUACGGAACCUCCUCCAUUACUUGUUUAUAAAUGGUGCCAAGGCAUUAACAAUUUACAAGAUGUGUGGGAUGUGAAUGAAGGGGAGUGUAACGUGUUACUGGAAUCUAAGUUUGAAAAACUAUAUGAAAAGAUCGAUUUGACUCUACUUAACAGACUUCUCCGAUUGAUAGUGGACCACAACAUAGCUGAUUACAUGACCGCUAAGAAUAACGUCGUUAUAAACUACAAAGAUAUGAAUCACACCAACAGUUACGGAAUUAUUCGAGGAUUGCAGUUUGCCUCGUUCAUUACUCAGUAUUAUGGUCUGGUUUUGGAUCUGCUGGUAUUGGGUCUGCAGAGAGCCAGUGAAAUGGCUGGGCCACCUCAAAUGCCUAACGAUUUCUUGACGUUCCAAGAUGUUCAAUCCGAAACGUGCCAUCCUAUUCGGCUUUACUGCAGAUAUGUGGACAGAAUUCAUAUGUUUUUCAGAUUUUCUGCAGAAGAAGCCAAAGAUUUGAUCCAAAGAUACCUAACAGAACAUCCAGAUCCUAAUAAUGAAAACAUUGUCGGUUACAAUAAUAAAAAAUGCUGGCCCAGAGAUGCAAGAAUGCGUCUAAUGAAGCACGAUGUUAAUUUGGGAAGAGCAGUAUUUUGGGACAUUAAAAACAGAUUGCCGAGAUCUGUUACAACUAUUCAAUGGGAGAACAGCUUUGUUAGCGUGUACUCUAAGGAUAAUCCCAAUCUGUUGUUUAAUAUGUCUGGAUUUGAAUGUAGAAUACUACCAAAGUGCCGUACGCAACACGAAGAAUUCACCCAUAGGGACGGAGUAUGGAACCUUCAACAUGAAGGAAGUAAAGAAAGAACGGCUCAAUGUUUCUUGCGAGUAGACGAUGAAUCCAUGAGUCGAUUUCAUAAUAGAGUUCGACAGAUUCUUAUGGCUUCAGGUUCAACUACAUUUACGAAGAUUGUAAAUAAAUGGAACACAGCUCUAAUAGGAUUGAUGACAUAUUUCCGAGAAGCCGUGGUAAACACCCAGGAACUACUAGAUUUACUCGUAAAGUGUGAAAAUAAAAUACAAACUCGUAUCAAAAUCGGUCUUAAUUCAAAAAUGCCUAGCAGAUUCCCUCCAGUCGUAUUUUACACCCCCAAAGAAUUGGGUGGAUUGGGUAUGUUAUCCAUGGGCCACGUGUUGAUCCCCCAGUCAGACUUGAGAUGGUCUAAGCAGACGGAUGUAGGAAUCACUCACUUCAGAUCUGGUAUAAGUCACGAUGAAGAUCAGUUGAUUCCUAAUUUGUACAGAUAUAUCCAACCGUGGGAAUCUGAGUUUAUAGAUUCGCAGAGAGUGUGGGCUGAGUAUGCUCUGAAAAGGCAAGAAGCGAACGCUCAGAAUAGAAGGCUGACUUUGGAAGACUUGGAAGAUUCUUGGGAUAGAGGUAUACCUAGGAUCAAUACGCUUUUCCAGAAAGAUAGGCAUACUUUGGCGUACGACAAGGGAUGGAGAAUUAGGACAGAAUUCAAACAGUACCAAGUACUAAAACAAAAUCCGUUCUGGUGGACGCAUCAAAGACACGACGGCAAAUUAUGGAACUUGAACAACUACCGAACUGACAUGAUCCAAGCUCUUGGAGGUGUAGAAGGUAUUCUCGAGCACACAUUAUUCAAAGGAACUUAUUUCCCAACAUGGGAAGGUCUCUUCUGGGAAAAAGCUUCUGGUUUUGAGGAGUCAAUGAAAUAUAAGAAACUAACCAAUGCCCAAAGAUCUGGUUUGAACCAGAUUCCAAAUCGUCGUUUUACCUUAUGGUGGUCACCUACAAUAAACAGAGCUAACGUAUAUGUUGGUUUCCAAGUACAAUUGGAUUUAACUGGUAUUUUCAUGCAUGGUAAAAUACCCACCUUGAAAAUUUCCCUCAUUCAGAUUUUCAGAGCUCACUUGUGGCAAAAAGUCCAUGAAUCGAUAGUUAUGGAUUUGUGUCAGGUAUUUGAUCAAGAAUUGGACGCAUUAGAAAUUGAAACUGUCCAAAAAGAAACUAUCCAUCCUAGAAAAUCAUACAAGAUGAACUCAUCUUGUGCGGACAUUUUACUGUUUUCGGCAUAUAAAUGGAAUGUAUCCCGACCGUCAUUAUUAGCAGACACAAAGGACACAAUGGAUAAUACAACGACUCAGAAAUACUGGAUCGAUGUUCAACUUAGAUGGGGUGAUUACGACUCCCACGAUGUGGAGAGAUAUGCUAGAGCCAAAUUUUUAGAUUAUACAACUGAUAAUAUGUCUAUAUAUCCAUCUCCGACUGGAGUUCUUAUUGCCAUUGAUUUGGCAUACAAUCUGCAUAGCGCUUAUGGCAACUGGUUCCCAGGUUGCAAACCAUUGAUCCAACAAGCUAUGGCAAAAAUCAUGAAGGCCAACCCAGCUCUCUAUGUACUUCGAGAACGCAUACGAAAGGCUCUACAAUUGUAUUCCAGUGAACCUACCGAACCCUACCUUUCGAGUCAGAAUUAUGGUGAACUGUUCUCGAACCAAAUCAUUUGGUUCGUCGACGAUACUAACGUAUACAGAGUAACGAUUCAUAAGACGUUCGAAGGCAAUUUGACUACGAAACCUAUCAAUGGAGCUAUAUUUAUUUUUAACCCAAGGACUGGGCAGUUGUUCUUGAAAAUUAUUCAUACCUCAGUAUGGGCAGGACAGAAGCGUUUAGGACAGUUGGCAAAAUGGAAAACCGCUGAAGAAGUGGCAGCUCUUAUCCGUUCGCUACCAGUUGAAGAACAACCGAAACAAAUUAUUGUAACAAGGAAAGGAAUGUUGGAUCCUCUUGAAGUACAUUUACUAGACUUCCCUAAUAUUGUCAUCAAAGGAUCCGAACUGCAACUACCCUUCCAAGCUUGUUUGAAAAUUGAAAAGUUUGGGGAUCUUAUUCUUAAAGCUACAGAGCCUCAGAUGGUUCUUUUCAACUUGUACGAUGAUUGGUUGAAGACUAUUUCUUCAUAUACGGCAUUUUCAAGACUGAUUUUAAUAUUAAGAGCCUUGCACGUUAACACUGAAAGAACCAAAGUAAUAUUAAAACCGGAUAAGACUACCAUCACGGAACUUCAUCACAUUUGGCCAACUUUAUCAGACGAUGAAUGGAUUAAAGUUGAAGUACAGCUUAAGGAUCUAAUUCUAGCGGAUUAUGGAAAGAAGAACAACGUAAAUGUUGCAUCUCUAACCCAAUCAGAAAUUCGUGAUAUCAUCUUGGGUAUGGAAAUCAGCGCUCCAUCGGCCCAGAGACAGCAAAUCGCAGAAAUUGAAAAGCAGACUAAAGAGCAGUCUCAGCUUACUGCGACGACUACCAAAACAGUCAACAAACACGGAGACGAAAUUAUUACCAGCACUACCAGUAAUUACGAAACGCAAACGUUUAGUUCGAAAACCGAAUGGAGAGUUAGAGCUAUUUCUGCUACUAAUUUACAUUUGAGAACCAACCACAUCUAUGUCAGUUCUGAUGAUAUCAAGGAAACUGGCUAUACUUAUAUUUUACCGAAGAAUGUCCUGAAGAAGUUUGUAACGAUUUCAGAUUUGAGAGCACAGAUAUGCGCGUUUCUUUAUGGAGUCAGCCCACCCGAUAAUCCACAAGUAAAAGAACUCAGAUGUUUAGUUCUGGCACCGCAAUGGGGUACUCAUCAAACUGUACACGUUCCUAACACACCGCCCAAUCAUCCGUUCCUUAAAGAUAUGGAACCACUCGGAUGGAUUCACACUCAACCCAACGAAUUACCCCAACUUUCACCCCAGGACAUUACCAACCAUGCCAAACUUAUGUCAGAUAAUACUACUUGGGACGGUGAAAAGACUAUUAUUAUUACCUGUUCGUUUACACCUGGGUCAUGUUCGUUGACAGCUUACAAAUUGACGCCUUCUGGAUUUGAAUGGGGAAGGCAAAAUACGGACAAAGGCAAUAAUCCCAAAGGAUAUCUACCCAGUCAUUAUGAAAAAGUACAAAUGUUGUUAUCAGACAGGUUCUUAGGAUUCUUUAUGGUUCCAGCCCAAGGAUCGUGGAACUAUAACUUUAUGGGUGUCAGGCAUGACCCCAGUAUGAAAUAUGAAUUACAAUUAGCAAAUCCAAAAGAAUUCUACCACGAGGUUCACAGACCUGCACAUUUCCUCAACUUCUCCGCCUUAGAAGAUGGCGAUGGAGCAGGAGCAGAUAGAGAAGAUGCUUUUGCUUAGAUUAGUUUAUAGAUUAUAAAAUAAUUGAUUGUAUUAUUCGAACAUAUAUACCUCAUGGAUGUUGUUGAUAUAGAAUAAUAUACCCUAUUCCACGAACAUACGACUGUUGUGGAUUAUCUCGACAACGAAUAUUUUACUGUGCAAAUUAUGAAGAACGAAAAUAAAUUGCAACAUACAUUGUUGUUUAUUAGAACAAUUAUUAGAGCCAUUUACUUUCGCACUUCUUAUGUUGCACACUAAAAUAUUCGUUGUCGCGAUAAUCCAAGACAGUCGUAUAUUCGUGGAAUAGCCCAUAGUUAUCUUGCUUUUAAUUAUCAUUUUUCUUGUAUCAAUAAAGUGUAUAACAGUCUAAAUGCAUCGUCUAGGACAGAUAUGGGACAAUAGAAAAACCUUAAACAAUAUUUUGACAGCAUAAGCAUUGUUCUGAAGCUGUUUUGCACAUUUUAAAGUGGUGACGUGUAUUUCUGAUAUGCUUUCGUGGGAUGAGUUUAAAUACAGAACCCUAGCAGCACUUAUUCUCUGAAAAAUUCAAGAAAAUCUCACCCAACAUCCUUUUAAGUUUAAUUUUUUAAACUAAAAAGGGGUGGUUCCCUGGGUUGGCUGUAUACCAUAUAGUUAAAAAUCUAACAUGAAGUAAAAACCACUUUAUAAUAGGUAUAUUUAAUAAAAUUUUUAAAAUUCCAAUGGAUUGAAUAAAAUAGGUUCAUUUGGAACGUUUUCGGACCUAUCAGUCCAUCAUCAGUGAAUUCAUAUAUACUUGCUAACUAGCCCCCGAACCAAGCAAUGGUUGUACUUAUAAUUCAAUCUACAUUAUAGUGUUGUAAAAUUGGAAAGGCUAAACGCCGAUGUUAAAAGAAUACCGCCUGGAACAUGGUGAAACUCUAAACCACCUCGUUGGCCCAAGAUGGUUGUUGGGGUUCUCGUUUAGAGUUUUACCAUGUUCCCGGAGGUAUUCUUUUAACAUCGGCGUUUAGCCUUUCCAAUUUUACAACACUAUAAUGUAGAUUGAAUUAUCAGUACAACCAUUGCUUGGUUCUGGGGCUAGUUAGCAAGUAUAUAUGAAUUCACUGAUGAUGGACUGAUAGGUCCGAAAACGUUCUGAAUGAACCUAUUUUAUUCAAUCCAUUGGGAUUUUAAAAAUUUUAUUAAAUAUACCUAUUACAUAGAAGUGGUUUUUACUUCAUGUUAGAAUUUUUAAUUUUUUUAUGUUUGAGAGAAGACAAUAUUGUCACAUAUCACACAUUGUCCAAAACACGGUUUAGCUGAGCGUUCUUUACUUUCCUUAAUUAUAAUAGUUACCCAAAUUGUAUUUCCUUGGAUAAGUAAUAAUCAUUUAUGAGGUAUAUACGAUCAAUAGUAUUGAUUAUGUAAAUAAUUGGUUUAUAAUUUACACGUUUUAAUAUAAAUUUAGAGAAAAAUGAA